UAAAGACCGAUUUUUUUGGGAAUUUAUUAGAUAAAUUAUUUAUAAAAUGCAAACAUUUUUUGAUCCAUUGUGCUCAUCAGCAUCGGAAUUUAUUGAUUCACCUACACUUUUGGAUGAUUUGAAGCUUGACUAUACAUUUACACAAUAUCCAUUUGAUAAUUCUAAUUAUGCUCAAGUUAAUGAUAUUGAAAAAUUCUUAAAUUUAAACUUUGAUGACGGUGAAGACAAUAAUAAACAAGAUGUAGAAUGUUUUUGUGAUGAGAAUUUUUUAAAUUCAAAGGAUGUUCAUUUUAAUACUAAAGAUGAUUCUGGUUUUCAAUUAUCAGCUUUAUACGAUAUACCUUGGAUAAAAUCGAUAUUUAAUGAUGAUAUUACACAGAGGAUUCCAGAAAAGAAAGAUAUUUUUGAGGAAGAAGGAUUAUCUGACAUUUAUAUUAAUUUCGAUGAAUCAACCUUAUUAAACGAAAUAACAGAUACACCUAAUGAUGUUGCUCAGGAGACAGGUCAAUUAAACAGGGAACUACAUGAAGAUGAUAAUUAUGUUUUUGACAUAAAUGUUCCUGAGAGUCAUGAGAAAGAAUCAGCUUUACCUUAUGCAUCUAAUUUUACUAAUACUCCACACUUUUCCGAGUCAUCUUUUACAUGUCCAUUGACACCACGUUUGUCACCAUCAGUAGGAAGUGAACUAAAAGAAUUACUCGUUUUGGAUUCGAAGCCGCCUGUCAUGAUGCCCGUAAAAGAAGGGAAUACGUCAUUAGACAAUAUGACUUCAAAACAAUUUGUUAAUAAUAGCAAAUUAUCUGAAAAGGCUUUAUAUACUGGUAAUUUUAACAUGCAUUCUGCUGAUAACCUUUCAAAAAGUCAUACUCCAAGUGCAUUAUUCACAAAAAAACGUUCUUUUCAAGAUUUCUCUAAUGGCGAUAUGAAUAUGUCAUCAUUGUCGUCUCCUAAAAGAAAUAAAAAUACAUAUCCGAUAGAAAAUAAUCUUGACGGCCAUAUGUUUAAUCCUGUCAUUCAUGAUAAUUCUUUAAUAUCAUUACCGCAAUCACAUAUAUCUUCAGAAUCGGCAUUUAUGUUUGAUAAUAAUGCUUUAUCUUUUAAAAAUUACGGAUGGACUGCAAAUGGAAAACAGGAAUAUAUUGAUACAUCUUCGCUUAUUCCAUAUGAAGUUUAUCUUCCUGAUACAACAGCAUUAUUAUCUUCAAAACAAGUCAAUCCGACUUCAUUAACAUCUAUUAAAGCGGAUUUACCUAAAAAUAUUAAUAUGAAAGAUAUACUUCGCACAACUUCAACUAAAUAUAAAAAGAAACGAUAUCCUGUGGCCUUUGGAUCUUUUAUUAAUUUUACAGAACGGGACGCUGAAAUUAUUCUUAAUGGCGUUGCUCCGAGUGGAAGCAGCAAGAAACAUUAGGAUCAUAUCUACAUAUAAUUUGUCAAUUGUUUAUUAUUAUUCUCAU